CUUCCACGGUUGGUUGAUCUAUUGCAAUGGUUGCAAUAUCCACCCUCUCUCUCCUAUUGGCCCUGGCGGAGUGGGCAGGACUGGUCACACCCUCCCCACACCUCUUGCUCCGCCCCCGGGAGCGGGAGAGAGACCCGGGGACUGUAAUGAACUUCAACAUCGCUGUGAUCCACGCGGGGGCCAGCGUGCAGGUAGAGGCGGCGGCCGGGCCCGGGGGAAGGGUGCUCUACCCUGGGUUUGGUCGGGCACACAGCUCCCUGGGGGAGAGCGUGAUCACCCAGUGGGGCUCUGCAAACGUCAUCUGGCUCCAGGUGAAUGACAGUAGUCCUAAGACUCUGCUGUCCCAGCUGUGUGACCUGCUGUCAGCGAGGCCCCUACAGGGCCUGGUCUACGAGGAGGAGAGGCCACCACCCACCGCCUGGGGACCCCUGGCCCCCAUGCUAGAGUUUGUCUCUGCCCAGACUGGACUACCCAUAGUGGCUGUAGGAGGAGGAGCAGGGCUGGGGAGGAUGCAACAGGAGUCAGGCUCCAUCUUCCUCCAGUUCAGCUCAUCCACCAGCCUCCAGCUGGAGGUCAUCUUCAAAAUACUAGAGGAGUACGACUGGACCACCUUCUCAGUGGUGUCCACCCGUCACCAUGGCUACCAGGACUUCCUGUCGGUGGUGGACGGCCUGACGGACGGCUCGUUCAUCGGCUGGGAGAAGAAGAGCGUGGUCAUGCUGAACGUGACGGACGACCCGGGAGGGGCACGCACGCGUAGGCUGCUCAAGGAGAACGAGGCGCAGGUACGUCUGCUCUACUGUUCCCAGGAGGAGGCCGAGCUGGUGUUUAAAGCAGCCUGGGCCGCGGGUCAGGCUGGACCCUCUCACAUGUGGUUCGCUGUGGGGCCAGCCCUGUCCGGCCUUGGCAUGGAGGGUCUCCCCAGGGCCCUGUUCGCCGUGCGUCCGCAGGGCUGGAAGGACAAGCCCCGCAUGAGGAUCGCCCGGGGCGUGUCCAUACUGACCCAUGGGGCGGUGGCACUGCGCCGCGACUAUGGGGCCUCUGGAGGGCCAAACUUUGUCACCAACUGCAUGACGGAAUCCAAUCAAACACACAGGGUGCGGGGGAGGAUGAGGUAUUUCAGCAACAUCACUUUGGGUGGCAGAGACUACUCUUUCGACAGUGACGGUUACCUGGCCAACCCCGUCCUAGAAGUCAUCUCCUAUACACCUGGCAAAGGCUGGGAGGAUGUAGGGAUGUGGGAGAACGGUAAGUUGGAUUUGGUUUAUCCAGCGUGGUCGCGUUACGGUCCAUUCCUCCAACCGCCUGAUGGCGCCCAGCACCUGCGCGUGGUCACUCUGGAGGAACGUCCGUUUGUCAUCGUGGAGCUGGCUGACGCCGCCUCCAACACCUGCAUCAGAGACUCUGUACCCUGCCGACGACCCCUCAACGCCAGUAUUCCUGUCCAGGAUCCCCCAAAGAAACAGUGCUGUAAGGGCUUCUGCAUCGACAUCCUCAAACGAUUGGCCAAGAUCGUGGGUUUCACCUAUGACCUCUACCUGGUGACCAAUGGAAAGCACGGGAAGAAGAUUGAUGGAGUGUGGAACGGCAUGAUUGGAGAGGUGGUGGGACAGCGAGCAGAUAUGGCCAUCGGAUCCCUCACCAUCAACGAGGAGAGGUCAGAGGUCGUGGACUUCUCCGUCCCCUUCGUGGAGACGGGCAUCAGCGUCAUGGUCUCCCGUAGCAAUGGAACCGUCUCACCCUCUGCCUUCCUGGAGCCCUACAGUCCAGCGGUGUGGGUGAUGAUGUUCGUCAUGUGCCUGACCGUGGUGGCUGUGACCGUCUUCAUAUUUGAGUUCUUCAGUCCAGUCGGCUACAACCGCAGCCUUUCCAGCGGAAAGAAGGCAGGAGGCUCUACGUUCACCAUAGGAAAGUCUGUGUGGUUGCUGUGGGCCAUUGUGUUCAAUAACUCGGUCCCAGUGGAGAACCCCAGAGGAACCACCAGUAAGAUCAUGGUGCUGAUCUGGGCCUUCUUCGCUGUCAUCUUCCUGGCUUCCUACACAGCCAACCUGGCUGCCUUCAUGAUCCAGGAGGAGUACAUAGACACUGUCUCUGGACUCUCAGACAAAAAGUUCCAGCACCCCACAGAGCAGUACCCCCCUCUGAAGUUUGGCACGGUGCCCAAUGGAAGUACAGAGAAGAACAUCCGCAGUAACUACCCUGGCAUGCACCAUUACAUGGUCAAAUAUAACCAGAGAGGGGUGGAGGACGCCAUUAACAACCUCAAGACUGGGAAGUUGGAUGCCUUUAUCUACGAUGCAGCUGUGUUGAACUACAUGGCCAGGAAAGACGAGGGUUGUAAGGUGAUGACCAUAGGCUCUGGGAAGGUAUUUGCCACCACAGGCUACGGUAUCGCCCUGCACAAGAACUCCCGCUGGAAACGCCCCCUCGACCUGGCCCUGCUGCAGCUGGUGGGAGACGAUGAGAUUGAGAUGCUGGAGCGUCUGUGGCUGUCUGGUAUCUGUCACAAUGAUAAGAUUGAGGUGAUGAGCAGUAAGCUGGACAUAGACAACAUGGCGGGUGUCUUCUACAUGCUGCUGGUGGCUAUGGGGCUCAGUCUGCUGGUAUUUGCCUGGGAGCACCUGGUCUACUGGAGGCUCAGACACUGCAUGGCUACCAGCUCCGGGAGACUGGACUUCCUACUGGCCAUCAGUAGGGGCAUGUACAGUUGUUGUAGCUUUGAGGAUGAAACCACGCCGGGUGGGGCCAAAUCCUCCAUGGCUAUGCUCCCCCACCAUCAUGGCACCAUGGCAACAGUCCCGCCCCCGCCACACUUGGUCGGUGCGUCGUCAACCAACCCGGCCCUGACCAUGGCGCAGCAGCAACAGCAGCAACAGUCACAGCCCGUCUACAAAACACAACUACCUGGAUCCCCUCCCACUGUGGUGCAUUCUGGAACUGCGCUGGGGCCCUCCAACACUCCCAUGCUGGGGGCGCCCCUGCCCUGCUCCACAUUCCUCCCCCGGCCUGAUCGCAGACUGGCCGUGGUGGACCGCUGGAGGCUGCCCAAGGCUGGGACCCCCACCAACCCCAUGGCCGUGCGCGGGACCGUCGCAGACAUGGGACCCUUCCCCCAGAAGGCGCCUCCGACCUGGGGCACGACAGCUGGAGGAGUGGGAGUUGGUGGUGGUGGGGGGCUGGAUGGAUAUAAACGCUACUAUGGACCCAUCGACCCUGAGGGUCUGGGGCCCUGUAUGGACCAGCCGGCAGGGUCCCAGACCCCCAAAACAGCCCCCAGAAGCCACCCUCAACCCCCUCCCGCCACUGUGGCCUUCUACUCAGAGAAAGGUCCUGACCAGGGGGUGGGGAGGAGGGUGGUGGGAGGUGGUGGUGCUGGGUGUCAGGGGAAGGGAGGGGUCAAACCUUUGGGGACGCCUCGGCUACCUCCUAAAAGCCAAGCCGUGGGCGUGACCCCAGUCCCUCUGCCCACUAACCCCCCGCUGCCACAACCCUCCCCCCCUCUCCCCUCAUCCUUUUGGAGGAAGCGCCGGCCCAAGAAGCCCAAAGAGCCAGGCGGGCCUCUGUACGAGAACAUCCUACCGCUGGGGCGCAGGGGAGGAGGAAGGGAUGGAAGCACGCGGGAAGGUUUGGACGCAGAGGACGAUGAUGAGGAUGAGGAGCUGACCGAGGAGUCCAGGCGGUCACACGGCCAUGGGAAGAGAGGCAGCACGGCCCUGUCCCACAGCCAGGAGGAGCUGCUCCCCCACUGCCACAGCUUCAGCGGGGGCUCACGGCCCAAACCCCCUCCCAAACAAGACCAGGGCCAGGCCAAGUCAGGCAGCCAGGCCAGCCUCAGCACACAGCAGCCAGGAGUUGCUAAGCUCCUGUACCAGAGACUACGGUCAGUUCCUCAGCCCGGACGCUUCUACUCCCCCCACCUGCCACUCAAGGCCAAGAGCCUAUGCUCCCGACGAGGCUCCGCCCAUUUCUCCAGCCUGGAGAGCGAGGUAUGA